UUUUCUAACACAAUAUAAAGAAUUUAUAACCUGCCAAACCAAAUACUUAAACAAACUUAUAUAACCACCACUUGUUUGUGUCAAUUAAUUCGCAUCUUUUUUUUUUCUUCCCUCUAAAAAACUUGUGUUUCCAUUAACAGCUACAAUUCAGUUCAUAUUAGUUGUAUUUGAAAACCACAACCACCAGAAGCAAUUGGCUGGAUUUUAGUAAGUGUUAUUCCCUGGUCGAACAUAAAAACUAAAAUGGAAGAGGCCCUACCGGCAAUCGGCUAACACCUUUCUCUACCGCUACAUCCUUAUCCUCUUUUCCCUAAAUCUAUUCCUUACAUCCUUUUUUAAAAUUUUUUCUUAAAAUAUAAUUCUUCUUCUUCUCUUUCUUUCCCCCUUCCUUUGCUGCUGCUAUCUUUAGGGUUGUUUUAUCUUAUCUUUCUCUAUCUCCCCCUUCCCCCUCUCUUUUUUUUUUUUUUUUUUUUUUUGUGAAACCCUCGACUCAUCGCCUUGCUCAAAGGUUGUACCUUUUUAACGAUUGAAUCGGGGGUUGUUUCUUCUUUUUUUUUAUUUUUUAUUAUGGCUUUGGUAUCGGCUUUGCUUGAGAUUUUACAAAGACCAACUUUUGGGGAGGUAAUAUUAGAGCUGGGGAUGUUUAUGGCGCCCAUCUGGAUUGCUGUUCUUGUUGGGGUCUUGGUAGGAUGGUCAUGGAAGCCCAAGUGGGCCAAUCUUGCCAUUGAUUCUGUACCUACAACACAUGUUGCUUCUUCUGGGAUGCUCCUCCAAAACUUAUCUUCUGGGUUUUCAACUCUCAAAUUGCAAGUUCCCAGCUGCAUCUCUUGGAUCAAGGAAAGUCAGUCCCCGCCAUCCAUUUCAUCUUCUACCUCCAGUUCAUUGCACCGGGAAGGCGAAAAAUCAGUAGUAACAGAUGCAGACCUUCAUUACUUAGACGGAUUGGUUGAAGAACAAGAUGGAGGACCUGCUUGGAUUCAGAUGAUGGAUCGUUCUACCCCAAAUAUGUCCUAUCAAGCUUGGCGUAGGGAUCCCGAGACUGGACCUCCACAAUAUCGUAGCAGAACUGUAUAUGAGGAUGCCACUCCAGAAAUGUUGAGAGAUUUUUUCUGGGAUGAUGAAUUUCGAUUGAAGUGGGAUGACAUGCUUAUACAUGCUGAAACAUUGGAAGAGUGUCCUACCACUGGAACCAUGCUUGUUCAGUGGGUGCGCAAGUUUCCCUUCUUUUGCAGUGAUAGAGAGUACAUUAUUGGCCGUCGAAUUUGGGAGUCAGGGCGAACUUACUAUUGCGUCACAAAAGGUGUACCAUGCUCUUCUGUGCCCCGUCGCAACAAACCAAGACGUGUUGAUCUCUACUAUUCAAGUUGGUGCAUUCGCGCAGCUGAAUCCAAGAGAGAUGGUCGGAUGACUGCCUGUGAAGUGUUACUCUUUCAUUAUGAAGACAUGGGUAUACCUUGGGAAAUUGCAAAACUCGGGGUUAGGCAAGGUAUGUGGGGAGCUGUGAGGAAGAUUGACCCUGGUUUACGUGCAUACCAGAAACAUAGAGCGUCUGGAGACCCAAUUUCACGAUGUGCAUUCAUGGCGCAAGUCAACACCAAAGUUGAUAUUGAGAAUCUCAGAUCAAUGGGGAGCAGAACCAAUCUUUCUGAGAUUGAGCCUGAGGAUUCACCUGAGAAGCCUGCAGGGAGGAACAUACCGAGGUUCUUAGUUGUUGGUGGGGCAAUUGCCCUUGCUUGUAGUCUUGAUCGUGGACUCCUGACAAAAGCAGUUAUAUUUGGAGUUGCUAGAAGGUUUGCAGGGAUUGGGAAAAGGCUGUGAAAACUGCUCAAGUAUAUAAACACCAUUUGACCCAUAAGAGAACAUACUUUGGCAGCAAGGCAGCCACUGUAAAGAGUUAGGCGAGCUAGACCCUCCUCCACUGUGAAGAGCUGCGAGAGUUAUAUUAUGUUUUCUGUCGAGCUGCAAGGCAGCCACUGUUCAGGAGAAUCCAGAUAGUAAUACAUGUAUUUUUUGAAAUUCUGGUGUCACUGAAUAUCUCUCUCAUGCUUCAAAAUAAAAAGCAAAGCUGAUUCUUUUAUGAA